UCUCUAUGAGCAAUAUUUAUAUAGCUGGGAGGAACUAAAGCCUUUGAGCAUGCAUGAGGAGUAAAUGUGUCAACCAACUAGGAGGCCUUAUAGGGUUUAGCUAUUUAGGUUCUAGCCUAGAUAUAUCUAGGUGCGGUAGGUGGAGACAAUGAGCUGUUGGCAGAUACGUGAGGUGCGUGAAGUGGGGACUGGGAAGGAAGGCAGGCUGUUGACACUGAGUAAAGAGAGGCCUCUCACUGUAGGACAAGCUGAUGACUCAGGGCUACAACUCAAGUUGAGAAGUAUUGAGCGAAGGCAUGCCAUUGUCGAGUGGAGUGAUAGGAAACACACGUACAUAGUCAGAGACCUAGGAACGCCGAGUGGGACAUUCAUUAACAACGCUCCCCUCACAAGAGAUACAGAUGAGCUUCGCCAUGGAGACUCGCUCAGAUUUGGACAUGAGAAGUCUCAUGUGUUUCGUGUGGAGGAGAACUUCCAUCCAGUCAAGCCCUCAGCCGGGGUUACUACGAGGACCACGGUACACCCAGUGCCCACCACAGCUGCCACCCAGACCUCACCUCAGCGUCAGGCUGUAGUAGACCCCACCCAAUGUUUUGCCAUGGAUACCCCAACUUCAUCAUCAUCACCAUUGGCUCCAGGGUUGACCACUUUACUGCCCCAGGGGAUCAUAUUUCCAGGGGGCUAUUUCUUGUCCGCUGGGGGGCAGCAAGGGGGCACCAUCAUGACCCCUGGAGGCCCCAUGCCAUACCUACUACCACAGGGUCCUGGUUAUAUUCAAACAAUGAACUCUCCUCUCGUUCAAGCGUCAACCCCACCUCUCUCAAGACCACCCCCCUCUAGCUCCGCCCAAUCACACGAGACCAACCAUCUCUCUGUACAGGACAUUGAAAUAGAGAGCCCUCUUGAUGACAUACCAACAUCUCCAAAACGAACAGAUGGCCGGCGACAAACAGAGCUCUCCAACACGCCGAGUCUGUCCACCACCAGUAGACUGUAUGGACAACCAGCCUGGUGGGGGGAGGAUGGAAGACCACACCCACCUGCCGAUAAUGAGUACAGGCACGCUCAACAUGGGUCCCAAAUAUUGAGGGAUUUUGAUUCCGAUGAUGCUAGCAGUGUUUCCUCUGGCCGGUCUGCAAAACUAUCAGUCAAAGAUGAAUUGCGUUUGAAGGCCAUCUCAAAGUCUCACGAGCAACAGUCUCCAAAUUCCGCAUGGGUGGUGGAUUUCACUCCGAGCUCCAAGCCACACCCACAUUCUAAGCCCCGCCCACGAUCUGCCGACCACUCCCCCGUUAGAGCGCCCCCUGUCGUCAAUAAUAGUGCCUCUGCCACUUCACUCAGCCGUAAAAAACAGUCGACAUUUGUGAAACACAGGUCCCCCGUUAGUACGAAAGAAGUGGCCAAUAAAGAGGUUACUAAGAAACCUCGAAGUACCUCUUCUCUUACCCGCUCAGCCACGACUAAAAGGAGCAACCCCCAAACUGUGCGAACAUCAGCACUUGAUGCAAAGUCUCGUCGAAAAUCUGGUUCUCUUUCGGACAUCACGAGCAAAACUGCUGAGAGCAAGAGCGACGUGAAACAAUCAACUCUUGAUUCCAAGACACGCAAAAAAUCAGGUUCUCUUUCCAAUAUCACAGCGAGGAAAGCUACUGACAAACCAAGCGGUACCAAGAAUGGAGGUCAUGGCAGUAGUUCUAAGGGGAUUGAUUCCAAGGCACGUAAGAAGUCUGGUUCCACUUCUGAUAUUACUGGAAAACAUUCGAUGGUAGACAAAACGUACACAAAGAUUGGUGGCCAGGGAAGUAGUGAUGAGCUGCAGACAUCUAUAUCUGAUCUCAGCCUGGCGUCGUCCGCAGAGCCUGUCAUAGUGGGGGAGGGGUUAAAGAGUGCCAGUAGUGAGGGGUGUGGAGAGGGCUCUGCACGCAAGAAAUGGACCAAGGAACAACAGGAGCAGACACCUGACAUCAGCUUGAUGCUUGCCAACAUUGAGGCACGGAUGCGGCAGCUCAGUCGAUUAGCGCAGGGCUCAGCUGUCAAACUGACAGCCACGAAACGGGAUCUACAGGAAAUGGGUGUGGUCAGUCGUGAUGAUACCCCCCACAUAGUCCCGUUUAGCCUUGCGGGAGAUCAGAGAGUGCCACAGUGGAAGUUCUCACAGACAAAAGAGGUCCACAGCAUCUUCAGAAGUGUCAAGUCUGUCGAAAAAUGGCUCAAUGAUAUUGACUCCACUCUGGCCUCUAUACAGCUACUACCACAAGAAGGGGGUGUGGCUAAUGAUGAAGCAGGAAUGGCAGCUUAUGGAGUGGGUGUGGCUAGCGAGGGGGUGGACUAUGAGACCAACGAUAGCGAGGUGGAGUGUUACCAUGACAGUAUCGAGGAUAACUUUGCCAGCUGCUCCGAGUCAAACUACAGCGACUAGUGAAUAAUAGUGUUUGUGUGAUGUUUUUAAUUCAUGCUCCAAUCAAUUUCCCUGUGUAGUUGUGUUUAUUUCAGCGAAAGUCAUUCUCAAUAAUUAUUAUUUUCAUUCUUGUAAAUUAUUUUUCAAUAUUUCUAUGUGAGCACUGAAUUUUUGAACAAGAAUCAUUUGAAUUUUAA